AUGUCGCGCCGGAAACCGGCCUCUGGCGAUGCCUCAGCCGCCGGCCCAGCCUCUGCAAGGCAACCGGUUUUGAGCAAAUUCUUCCGGUCUACGGGAAGUCUGAAAUCCACGUCUUCCCCUACGGGUGCAGCCGAGAAGGCGGACCCUGACUCUGACUCCGCAGCGCCCCUAGCGUCCACUUUCCCGCCUCAGUUGUCUCCACAGGUGGUUGCAGAAGUGGACAGAAGUAAAAAGAGACCACUGGAGAGUGAUGGGCCUGUUAAAAAGAAAGCAAAGAAAGUCCACCAAAAGGAAGGAGGAAGUGAUUCAUUAAUGUCUGAGAACCCUGAGCCAAAGAAACAUCUGAAGACCAGGAUUGUUUCACACUCUCUGGAAAAAUUGAAAGAAUACUACUACCAUAAUUCUGCCGUUCAUCAAAAUCGAGUUCAGACCAAGCCUCUUAAGGAGAGAUGUGCAGUGCUGCCAAAAUGCACUGAUUUUGAGGAUAUCGAUCGUCUGCGUGCAAGGAAUGCAGUUUCUUCUGAAGAUUCCAAAUCUCAGAUUAGUCAAAAGGACAAGACACUCAGUCAUUUUGGAUCAUCACAUAGGAGUUAUGAAAACUUACAGAAAACUUCUGACUCUAAAUCAUCUAACAAACGGACCAAAAGCAUCUACACACCAUUGGAAUUACAAUACUUAGAAAUAAAGCAGCAGCAGAAAGAUGCAAUUUUGUGUGUGGAAUGUGGAUAUAAGUAUAGAUUCUUUGGGGAAGAUGCAGAGAUUGCAGCCCGGGAGCUCAAUAUCUACUGCCAUUUAGAUCACAACUUCAUGACAGCAAGCAUACCUACUCACCGACUGUUUGUUCACGUGCGCCGCCUUGUGGCAAAGGGAUAUAAGGUGGGAGUUGUGAAACAGACUGAAACAGCUGCAUUAAAGGCCGUUGGGGACAACAAAAGUUCCGUCUUCUCCCGGAAACUGACUGCUCUUUAUACGAAAUCUACACUUAUUGGAGAAGAUGUGAAUCCUUUAGUCAAGCUGGAUGAUGCUGUAAAUGUCGAUGAGAUAAUGACUGAUAGUUCUACCAGCUAUCUUCUAUGUAUCUGUGAAAAUAAGGAAAAUGCUAAGGACAAAAAAAAGGGGACCAUUUUCAUUGGAAUUGUGGGAGUGCAGCCUGCCACAGGUGAGGUUGUGUUGGACAGUUUCCAGGACUCUGCUUCCCGUUUAGAGCUGGAAACUCGGAUACUGAGCCUGCAGCCAGUUGAGCUGCUGCUUCCCUCAGACUUGUCGGAGCAAACGGAGACGCUCAUCCGCAGAGCCACGGCUGUUAGUGUGCGGGAUGACAGAAUUCGAGUAGAAAGGAUGGCUAACAUGUAUUUUGAAUACAGCCAUGCUUUCCAGGAGGUUACAGACUUUUAUGCACAAGAUGGAGAUGACGUUAAUGAUUCUCAAAAUUUGUCUGUCAUCAUUAAGUUGGAGAAACCUGUGAUUUGCUCUUUGGCUGCCAUAAUAAGAUAUCUCAAAGAAUUUAACUUGGAAAAGGUGCUUUCCAAACCCAAGAAUUUUAAACAGUUGUCAGGAGAAGUGGAAUUUAUGACACUUAAUGGAACAGCAUUAAGGAACCUGGAAAUCCUUCAGAAUCAGACUGACAUGGAAACCAGAGGAAGUUUAUUUUGGGUUUUAGACCAUACUAGAACUUCAUUUGGGAGACGGAAGUUAAGGAAGUGGGUGACCCAACCACUCCUUAAAUUAAGGGAAAUAAAUGCUCGACUUGAUGCUGUAUCUGAAGUUCUCCAUUCAGAAUCCAGUGUGCUUGGUCACAUAGAAAAUUAUCUACGUAAAUUGCCCGACUUAGAGCGAGGCCUCUGUAGCAUUUAUCACAAAAGAUGUUCUACCCAAGAGUUCUUCCUGAUUGUCAAAACUCUGUAUUACCUGAAGUCAGAAUUUCAAACAUUGGUACCUGCUGUUAAUUCCUUUGUUCAGUCAGAGUUGCUCCAAUCAGUUAUUUUAGAAAUUCCCGAACUCCUCAGUCCAGUGGACCGUUACUUAAAGAUACUUAAUGAACAAGCUGCCAAGUCUGGGGAUAAAACUGAAUUAUUCAGUGACCUUUCUGAUUUCCCUUUAAUAAAAAAGAGAAAGGAUGAAAUUCAAGAAGUUACUUAUAAGAUCCAAAUACAUUUGCAAGAAAUACGAAAAAUACUCAAAAACCCUUCUGCACAAUAUGUGACAGUCUCAGGACAGGAGUUCAUGAUUGAAAUAAAGAAUUUUGCUGUAUCUUGUAUACCAACUGAUUGGGUUAAGGUUGGAAGCACAAAAGCUGUGAGCCGCUUUCACUCUCCUUUUAUUGUAGAAAAUUACAGACAUCUGAAUCAACUCCGGGAGCAGCUAGUCCUUGACUGCAAUGCCGAAUGGCUUGAUUUUCUAGAGAAUUUUAAUAAACAUUAUCAGUGCUUGUGUAAAGCAGUACAUCACCUAGCAACUAUUGACUGCAUUUUCUCCCUGGCCAAGGUCACCAAGCAAGGAGAUUACUGCAGACCGACUCUACAAGAAGAAAGAAAAAUCAUAAUAAAAAAUGGCAGACACCCUGUGAUUGACAUAUUGCUGGGAGAACAGGACCAGUAUGUUCCCAAUAGUACAAAUUUGUCAGGGAACUCGGAGAGAGUAAUGAUAAUUACUGGACCCAACAUGGGUGGAAAGAGCUUAUACAUAAAACAAGUUGCAUUGAUUAUUAUCAUGGCUCAGAUUGGCUCCUAUGUUCCUGCAGAGGAAGCAACAAUUGGAAUUGUGGAUGGCGUUUUCACGAGGAUGGGGGCUGCAGAUAACAUAUGCAAAGGACGGAGUACAUUUAUGGAAGAACUGACUGACACAGCAGAAAUAAUAAGAAAAGCAACAUCCCAGUCUUUGGUUAUCUUGGAUGAACUGGGAAGAGGGACGAGCACCUACGAUGGAAUCGCCAUAGCUUAUGCUACACUUGAGCAUUUUAUUAGAGAGGUGAAAUCCUUUACCCUGUUUGUUACGCAUUAUCCACCAGUUUGUGAGUUAGAAAAAAGUUACUCACAACAUGUGGGGAAUUAUCACAUGGGAUUCUUGGUCAUUGAGGAUGAAAGCAAACAGGAUCCAGGUAUGAGAUGUUCUUGCAGUGAAGAAGACCCAGUUGUUGAUUUUGUCACUUUUCUUUAUCAAAUAACCAGAGGAGUUGCAGCCAGGAGUUAUGGACUAAAUGUGGCUAAACUUGCAGAUAUUCCUGGAGAAAUUUUGAAGAAAGCAGCUAUCAAGUCAAAAGAGCUGGAAACAUUAGUAAAUAUGAAAAGGAAACGGCUAAAGUGUUUUGAGAAGUUAUGGACAAUAAAUGAUGCAAAGGACUUGCAAAAGUGGACAGAGGAGUUGGAAAUGGAAGAAGUUACUUCUCUUCCUGAUUAAAACUAAGAUUACAUUCUUUAACGAAAAAGAGAAAAUUGAACUACCAACUGUACAAAAUAACUCUCCAGUUAUAGCCCAUCUUUGUGUGACGUGAGCAGAAAACAUGACCAUGGUAUAUUCCUAUUAGAAACAGAGAGGCUUUUUGUGUAGAAAGUCUGUUUCAAGUUCCUGCCAUCCUGACUUUUAAGAGUAUAAACACUUGAAUAUUAAGAUCUCUAUCGUGUCAUUAGAGAAUUUCAGGGACAGUAAGACUCACAUAAAAUCAGAACCUUCUAAGUAAAACCUAAAGUGGUAAAAUAUACAGUUCAUAAAAUUUAAGAAUGACAUAACAUAUUGUUUCUUAACAUUAUUUUAUUGAGUUAUAGUUAUUUAACAAUGUUGUGUCAAAUUCCAGUGUAGAGCACAAUUGUUCAGUUACACAUAAACAUACGUAUGUUUGUUGUCACAUUUUUUCGGUGUGAGCUACCACAAGAUUUUGUAUAUAUUUCCCUGUGCUAUACAGUAUAAUCUUGCUUAUCUUAGAAUGACAUAAAAAUUUAACUUAUAAUUUUAUUUGUUUUGGUUCAGAUCAUUUGCAACUGGGUGAAGUGCAACUGGCAGGAAUAUACCUUUACACUGGAGCAAAAAUAAUUUUAUAAUGCCACCCGUUUAUUCACUAUGAACAUAAGAAUGUUUUUUUUUUGUGUAUUGAGUUAUAGUCAGCAUAAGAAUUCUUGAAGAGAAAUAGAAAGCUGUUAGAAGCUAGAGCACUGAAAGAGUAAGGUCAUAUGAAAUUUGAAAAAUUAAAUGUCACAGUUUAAGCAAUUUAAAGAUUAUUGGAUGAAAUUGUCAUUCAUUCCAGUAAUAAACAUUUAAUGAAUAGUUGCUAUAAUUUAUGGGUUUUUUCCUGUUGAAUUUUGUUGAUUUUCAACUAUCUGGCAUUUGUUACUUUUGAUUUAAUUAUAGAACCAAGGUCACUGCUCUUCCCAAGUACACAGAACUGAGCUGAUUCAUUUUGGACCUUUCUACUAACCGAUACAGCAAGUGUAUGAUCUUCCCAGUGUGGAACCUUAAGCUUUGUUGAUUCUUAACAGCGCCCCCUCCCUGCAUGUUUAGGGUGACACGUGCUCAGCUACGUCCCUGAGCUUUUUUCUAGUACUUACAGCCUGGCUUCUCAUAUCCUUAUAUUUUUGUUUCUAAGUAUAUGAUCUUGCACAAAGGCUCUCCAUCCUAUUUCCCACCCAUUUAUUAUUCCUGCUCAGUGAAAUGUCCUCUACACACUAGAUGGGCAUUUUCCUGAUUCCUUCUUUAAGAUUACUUCCUACGGUGGCCCUAACAGUGACCCCUGGACACAGUUAAUUUAGUGUCCACUGGUUGAAGGGUGGUUGGUUGCUAUACCUUUGAGUCACUCACACUUUAACCUUCUAUUUCCCCACCUUUGUGGAGUUAGAGUAUAUGUUGGUUGAUUCCACUAUCCCUCCAGAAAUAUUAACAUAUAGUGAAAUUCGCAAUAGUGUCUCCAAAUAGGGUUAGUUGGAAUUUACUCUUUAAAUUUUAAAACUAGAUUGGGUGCAUUCAGGGUGGUAUGGCUAUAGACUACUCUUUAAAUUUUUAGAAGAAUGAUACUUUUUAAGCAAUGUUUCAAUACUCUAUAAGACCAUAAAUGUUUUAUAUUAACAGGAUUUCAGAGGUAGUACUGUCACCUUACUGGCAGUCCAGCAAGAAAAGGAGAUGAACCCAGGAGUGUCAAGCCCAUGCCUGAGGGAGCUGCAGGGACCAGCCAUCAGUGCUAAUGUCUGAGUGGACAUUCUGGGCUAUCCCUGGCUUGCCUAGGCCAGUGUCAACAUUAAAGCAGGAGGGGAUCCCAAGAGCAGUGUGCCUCGGCAGUGGCAGUACACAGUGUCUGGCAAGUGACAAUGUGGAACAUUACACGAUAGAUUCUCUAACAUAAAGCAAGAUGUCAGCCAGUCAGCCAGUUUGCAGGAGGUCAGGGCUGCUCCAAGUUCGGGAGAAGACCGGCACGGACCAACUGCAUGUCUCAGUGAGUUUCGUUCCCCUGGGAUACUGAGGUGCGGAAGGGAAAGUUGUGGCAGAGUCCACUGUGGCAGUUGAAUGAGGUACACACGUACCAUGGAGACUAGCAGGAAAGAUGCCAUUGAUGGGGCACAUACUCCAGUUUCCAAACUUAAGGAGGGCAGCAAUUCUAAUCAGAUAUGUCUUUCAGAUCCGGAUUUCAUUUCCUUUGGCUGUGUACCCAGAAGCGGGGCUGCUGGCUCGUGUGGCAGUCCUGUGUUUAGUUUUCUGACACACAUUCAUACUGUUUUCCGUAUCGGCUGUGCCAGUUUACAUUCCCACCAGUAGGGUACGGUAUGAGGGUUCCCUUUUCUCCGCACCUUCACCAACACUUGUUACUGCUUGUCUUUUUGACAGUAACCAUCCUAACGUGUAAGAUGAUACCUAGUAAUGGCUUUAUUUACAUUUCUCUCAUGGUUAUAGUCAGUUUUAGAAUAUUUUUAUCACCCUGAAAAAGAAACCUGUUCUCAGUAGCAGUCACUCUCCAUUCAUCCCCCAAAUCCCGAAUCCCAGUUACUAAUCUGCUUUCUGUCUCUAUGGAUUUGCUAUUUUAGACAUUUCAUAUGAAUGGCGUUAUACAGUAUGGGGUCUUUUGUGACCAGCUUCUUUCAUUUUGUUUACUGUUUUCAAGGUUCAUCCAUGUUGUAGCAUGUAGUAGCAUGUAGUACUUCAUUCUUUUUUAUUGCUGAAAACUUUUCCAUUUAUGUAUUUACCACAUUUUGUUUAUUCAUUCAUCAGCUGAUGCAGAUUUGGACUGGUUCCAUUUUUUGAGUAUUAUGAAUAAUUCUGAUAUGGCAAGGCACAAUUUUUUUAAAGCUCCCCCCAGUAAUUCUAAAGUGCAGUCAGGUUUGUGAACCAAUAAUCUCAUUGAUUACAAUGACUAAACAAUAUUUUUCACUGAAAUGACAAUCUUUUGGUCUGUCUUUCUGCUCUGUUUUAUCUGUCAUUUAGGACAAACAUGGCAAACUGUAGACCCCCAAUAAAUACUUGUUGAAAUAGAAAAGAAAAACCAAACCCUUUCAGAUUAGAAACCCAACAAAAUGACUCUUCUUUUCAUAAUCAAGAUACUGUUUCACCAGAGAUUCAAGAUCCAUAUGGAAGUAUACUUUUUCUUAAAAAAAAUAAAAUAAAAAUUUCUUCCAACAA